AUGAAGCUUCCUACUGUGCUCCUCUUUCUCCUUUGCGCAGCAAAUGCCGCCGCCUAUAGCAUCGCCGGUGCCUACGAGCGGGUGAUGUACUGGCAUGCCUACCAGCUAGAUCAGCAGGGCGACGGCCCAAAACUGAUCGCAAAGAACUGUGCAAAGGAGGAGGGCAAGGGGAAACCCUGCAAUUUCAAGCAGUUUCUCACCUACAUCGCGGUUGAGAGGGAAAAGCCCAAUGCUCGAGCACUCCCUGAGACCCUCAACGCACACCGAAUAAAUGCAGACACUGCAGCGGAGAUUAUAUACAAUGGCCAUGUCACUGGACAAUACACUAUACCCCACGUGUACCAGAACAUCUACCACCCCCCGGCCUUGUUUGGAAAGGUCACCGAAUUGAUUGGCGAGAAGACUGCCGGCCAAAAUGUCCGAGACUACCCACUGAACGAAAUAAUGACUGCACGCAAGCGUAUUGAGACGAUGCGCGUGGCAAACGCCAUCCGGCAGGCCGGGGAUCAUCUUCGGCGUACGUUCGACCCAGACAACGUCCCUCAUGAGGAGUCCGAUGACAGGCGGCCCCUCGUAACACAGGGCCUAGUUACCGAGACGAGAGAACAAGUGUCGCAGGGCAAUAAUCUGCAAUAUAAUGCCGUCGAUCUACAGGCGGCAGGCCAGCGAAUCCAUGCCACUACACCGAGUUUCAACCUGAAAUACGAGCUCAGGAAGUACAAUGCAAUACCGGAGAGCAACAACCAUCGUGCCAAUAUUGAAGCGAUUAAGCAGGCAAAGCAGAUUAUCAUGAGGAAAUGUGUGAAAUAA